UCAAAACUUUUGCACGUUGCGCAGAAACACGAAGAAGAAGGAGAAAUGCGGCGGUUGAAAAAUUCAACAGCGGCAGCAUCAACGGUGGAUACGAUAAGCAGUUUACCGGACGCGAUUCUGUGCCAUAUUCUCUAUUUCCUCACCACCAAAGAAGCAGUUGCAACAAGCAUUUUAUCCAAAAGAUGGAUUCAUCUCUGGCACCAUGUUCAUAAUCUCAAAUUCCCAGACAUCAAUGUUGAAACCGUUAAAUCCAGUGUUCUUUUCAACGAGUUUGUAUACUCCGUUUUACUCUCUCGAGAAGUAAUCGCCGGUUACAAUGUCAUGAACAGUUUCACUCUCGACAUUCGAUACGAUAACCCUCAUCUUGCUUUUGAUUUAGGGUUUCCCAAUAUCAGGAAAUGGAUCAAUGUUGCUGUUCAACGCAAACUCGAGCAUCUUUGUAUUCGUUUAGAUGUUGAUAACCUUGAUGAUAAUGGUCUUGAUUAUGAUGCUGAUUACCCUAACUUGCCUGUUAGCAUUUUCACCUGUAGAACACUUGUAAGUCUCGACCUCUGUUGGUUCCGUGUCAAGGGUUUCUCGUUUUCUGGAUUUCAAUUUCCCUCACUCAAAACCCUUAACUUGAAAUGGGUUAACUUUUCUAAAGUUCGAGAUUUUAUGUUGUUUAUAGCUGGAUGUCCAAUUCUUGAGGAUCUACACAUAUCUCAAAUGGAUUUCUUUCUUGAGAAAGAUUCUCUUACCCUUCAACUUCAAGAAUUUAAGAGAUUAAGUUUACCCAAAUUGAAAAGAGCAGAAUUUGUUCAAUUUGGUUGUCAAUGUUUUCCGGUGAAUGCACUUUCUACCGUCGAGUAUCUGUGCAUAAAUACAUUGAAGGUUAAUCAGCUGCAGCGCCCUUAUGAUGUCGUUACUAUCUUUCAUAAUUUGACUGACUUGCUGCUCCAUUACCACAAUAGAUGGGAUUUGGUGCUCCAUCAAUGUCCUAAGCUUCAAAAUCUCCAACUUAGUAAGGGUUUAUGCGACCCAAUGUGGUGUGAAAAAGGUCAAGAAAAUUGGGUGGAACCAGAAUUUGUUCCGCAGUGCCUUUUAUCAUCCCUUAGAACUUGUACCAUUCACGACUUUUCUGACCUACAAAGUGAGCUUAUGUUGGAGCAAUAUAUUUUGAAGAAUGCAAUAAUUUUACAAACCAUGACAAUCUGGUGCAAGACUGAGCAGCCUGAAAUGGAGAGUAAACUAUCCAUAUGCCCGAUGGCCUCCGAAACAUGUGAACUUUCACUUUGUUGCUAACAUAUAGAUCGUUAUAUUCUUUGUUGAAGAAAAGAAAGAAAUCUACAACUUUGGACAAUGGAUUUGCCUACCAAAAUGCAUGUUUGCUAUGGCAUCUUCGUUCAACUGUUAGAUUUAACUUUUGUGUGUUUUGUAUAUUUAUUUCUUAGACUAUGGUGUCAUGGGUACAUGAAAGAGGGCUCUAUUUUCUUUGUGUGAUGAUUUUGUUAAGAUCUUUCUUUAUUGUAAUAUAUCAGGAUUUGUGUCACACGUUUGUUUUGCCUCUUUACAUACAAGUAAAUAUGUGAUGGAGGAACUAAGAAUUCAAAUGGCUAGCUUUCAGCCUUGAUCAUAUUCAAUAAAUGAAGGUAGCAUUUCA